UGUCAAAAAAGCCCCGUCGUAUCAACGUAAACGUUACGUAGUCAGCUCAGCUUGCGCCGUGCAAGCUUUAGGGUUGUUUUGUUUGUGGUUUGUGCCGUGUUGAAUUGUUUGUAAAGAAAAGGGAUGUUAGUUAACUUAAUUAACUAAUUAAAUCAUUAAACAUGACGAAACUUUUCGUACUUUUUGAACAUGCUGCGGGCUAUGGCUUAUUUAAGGUCCAAAAGUUUGAGGAAAUUGGGAUGAUCCUGCCCCAACUCCAAGCCUCUAUAAAUGAUCUGCCGAAAUUUAACAGCAUUGUUAAACUUGUCAGCUUUUCACCUUUUAAGACUGCUGUGGCAGCUUUGGAAAAUAUAAAUGCCAUCUCAGAGGGAAUUUUACCUGAGGAUUUACACCAGUUUCUGGACCUAACCGUGCCUAAAAGUAAAAAAGUUACUUUGGGAGUCAGUGAUCCUAAGUUAUCUGCAGCGAUUACUGAAGCAUUGAAUAUACAGUGCAGCCAUAUUGAUGUUGUUCCAGAGAUUAUAAGGGGCAUAAGAAACCAUUUCCAUAAUUUGGUAAAAGGAUUUACCCUUAAAAGCUCAGGUAUUGCUCAAUUAGGCUUGGGUCAUUCAUAUUCAAGAGCAAAAAUAAAGUUCAAUGUACACAGGGUGGAUAACAUGAUCAUUCAGUCUAUUGCCCUAUUGGACCAGCUGGAUAAGGACAUUAACACUUUUUCAAUGAGGAUAAGAGAAUGGUAUUCUUACCAUUUCCCAGAACUCGUAAAAAUUGUCCCAGAAAAUUACACUUUUGCAAGAUUAGCACAGUUUAUUAAAAACAGAAAAGAAUUAUCUGAGGAAUCUUUGGAAAAACUUGAAGAACUAACCAUGGACUCUGGAAAGGCACAGGCAAUUUUAGAUGCAGCAAGAUCAAGUAUGGGAAUGGAUAUUAGUCCAAUUGACUUGUUAAAUAUUGAGAUGUUUGCUUCAAGGGUUAUUUCUUUAGCUGAUUAUAGAAAACAGCUAGCAGAGUAUCUUAGAACGAAAAUGUCAGAUGUUGCCCCAAAUUUAGCAACUUUGAUUGGUGAUCAAGUUGGUGCCCGACUUAUUGCUCAUGCUGGAUCACUUACAAACUUAGCGAAGUAUCCUGCAUCAACAAUUCAAAUUUUGGGAGCAGAAAAAGCCUUGUUUAGAGCUUUGAAAACUAAGGGAAACACCCCUAAAUAUGGUCUGCUAUUUCACUCUACUUUUAUUGGAAGGGCUGGUACAAAGAACAAAGGGCGAGUUUCCCGUUAUCUAGCAAACAAAUGUUCCAUUGCCUCAAGGAUUGACUGUUUCACUGAGACACCUAAUCAUGUCUUUGGUGAGAAACUAAGGCAACAGGUUGAAGACAGGCUUAAAUUUUAUGAAACUGGGGACGUACCCAAGAAGAACAUAGAUGUCAUGAAAGAGGCCAUUGAAGAAGUCAAUGAAUUGGUCAAGUCUGAAAAGAAAAAGAAGAAGAAAAAGAAGCGCACGGCAUCCGAAGCGCUUAAUGGAAGUGAGGUUCAUGAAAAUGGAACAGCAGAAGAACAGCCUCCAAAAAAGAAGAAAAAGAAACUGAAUAAGUCCAAAGAAGCCAUGGAUGAAACCAUAACAACAUAGUAUUUACUUUUUCAUAUGUAAAACACACUAUUUUAGUUGUUUUUUUUUUACCUUUUUUAAAUACUAUGUAGCAUUUUAUUAAAAAAUGACAUUGGUAGUAUACAUUUAGUUAAGUUUUUUAAAAUUAAAUCCUGUACCCUAAAAGGCAUUUUCAAAGUAUUGAUUUUGUGUAAAAUUUACAUCUUCCGUAAAACUUCUGUAUUUUGACUAAAAUAAUUAUUAAACUAUCUUAUAAGGGUUUUAUUUUAAUAUAUAAAUCAUCAUUGA